UCGCCGCGCCUCAUAUUUCUUGCAUGGUCCUGCUCAUGCAUCGGCCUUGUUAUCACAGUCAAUAUUUUCAUGGUGUUCAAAUGGGAAUCCCAUCAAAACAAGAAUGGACUCACGCCUCUUUCAAUUAUUCAUGGCUUGUCGAUCGUCUGUCAACUGUUGUUCACUUCAGUAUAUUUGUUUACAACACAAACGUGAAUUUUUUUCAUUCCAGUCUGCCACCUUUUGGGGAUUUUCAAAAUAACCUGUUUGUUUUAUGACAGGUUAAUUUCAGGUAUUUAAGGUUAAAUGGGAUACUGUUUUGUAUAUGAAAAAUUGUGCAUAUGCAAUUCACUAAGAUAAAUAUUCUUAUCAUAAAACAAUUGAAAGUGCGGCUUAUAAAGGAAAAUGUAGCCGUGAGGAUAGAGUCCUACAUUUGUAUUUAGGCUCUACCGACAUGUUUCUGGUGUAUUUGAUGUAGAUAAUCGUCGUUGGUGAUUUUCUUAACUACUAUUUGAUACAAUGCUAAUUUGCUUAAAUCUGAAAUGAUAUCCUCAAGAAAUCCAAAGACAGUUUGGAUAAAACAAAGAAAAGCACGUAUUUGUGUUGUUUGAUAUGAUACAACACAGUCAGACUCGGUGCAUCACGACUUCGUUGUCUCUUCGGUCUCAUGACGGGCAGUUCGGGGAGACGUUGUCAAAAUAUGUCCGAGCGAUGAUAGGAUGUCAAUACCACUGAGCCAUGAUGGAUCCGGCUGCAGCUCAUGUCUGUGCAGAGCGUAACGCUGUUUGACAUGCGUUGGGUUUUGCUGACUGGAAGCUUUCCUUUGUUUCAUAUUUACUGUAUGUCUGAGUCCACAACCUGUAAUCUCCAAAAAAUGUGGUUCUCUGAUUGGGAACAGAGGUGCUGACAGGAAAACAAGCAACAGAGGUUUUUUUGUUGUUGUUCCAGAAUAGAAGUAGCGUUGGGUGGAGUUCACAUCAGCAGGGUUGGAUCCAGUCUUUGGGCUACUAAAGCCGAGGUCUUGUGAGCACACUGUAAUUAAUAAGGGAAUAGACUGAAGCUGUAAUAUGCAGCGUAAGAAGCUCAUUUCCCUGGGCGGGACCUGUCUGGCUGAGGCUCCUCAUUGUUACAUUUUUCUGUCUGUGAAGAUGAACCCUUUCUCCUUGUGUUACUGAGUGCGUAUCAGUAUGGGGAUGAUAGGAAGUCAUUUUAAUGUUCAGAGUGAGCCCAUUGUAGACGAUUGUAGCGUUGACUGCACUGGUAGUGUACCAGAAAACUGCCACUUGCAAAAAAAUGUUUUUUUUUUUUCAAUGAAGGCGCAACGUCUAUCUUUAACUUUGCUGCACCCGGCCGUGGGUUUUCCAACAGUGACCUUUUUAAAAUGAACACAAGGUAGACCGGUGCCUUUUCAUCAAAGCAGCCCCACUCUAACGCUUCAGCAAGCCUUGUGUCUGCAUCAAAGCAGCCACAAAGUGUUCAAGUGCAUUGUGACCCGCUGUACAGGAGAUGACAAUAGGCCUGUGUAUGCAAAGUAUAGUAGCAGUAGGCGAUUAAAAAUAACAUCUUAGACUAUAUGUGAUUUAAUAUUUUGAAAGUGCAUCACAUACAUUUCCAGCAAAAAGUCUGAAAAUGUAAUUGAUAAACUGUUCAUAUAUUUGCGACAUGCCCGCAAUGGGUUAAAAGAUCCAGAUAGUAUCCAGUUUAAACAGUACAGCGAAUUAUUGCCUUAUAUACUAUAUAUUGUGUCCAAUUCUUAGUGUGUAAACAAUAAUAAUCCGAAAAGAAUUUUCAGAUAGCGAGCGAUUGCUGCAAACACAACAGCAGCAAGUCCACUCUUGUCUAGUCCACUCUUGUGAACAUGACAUGGCUAUUUUCCGGCCAAGUCGAUGAUUGAUGGUUGAUUGAUGGAAUGUUUUUUAUCCAACUUGUCACCAGGGAUGCACUGAUCCAGUAUCUGCACCAAACACUGACCUUAUUAAGUGGAUUGGGUUAUUAAAGAAUAGUUUCUUUGUCAAUGUCAUUAAAGCUGCAUACAUUCUGCCACAGCGACGCCUGGCCUCACGUGACCUCCCGUGAAAGUGAUCCAGUGAGUAGUCCACGGAGUGAAACACACAUUUUAAACGUGGGUACAUGCAUGUCCUCUACUUUCAGCUACAACCGGCUCUGUGCUGAGCUUGUUAAUGUUGAGGUUGGAGUAGUACUUUUUCAUUUUUAUUUCAUUCUUUGUGCUUUUUAAACAGUGCAUAGUUUGUCGAGGCUGAGUGAGGAAUUAACCGGACGGCAUCCCAAAUCAGUCAACAAAUCCCCCCCCAGCCCGUGUUCAGGCCGCAGCUUAAAGAGAUUUAUUAAGCUGCUUCUCCUCAUUUGAUAGACAAUUAGGUGGAGUACUUGAUGUUAGCUUUUAUAGAAGUGGGCAGUACGGCUAAAUUACAGCUUUUGCAUUAGACGUGCUGCUUUACAUGUUGUUUUUUAUGUCCGCGUCCAAAGCUAAAUCACCAACACAAAAGUAGCAUUCACUAGCUCGUAGACGUCUUAUUUGUUUCUCUAGCGCACAACUGCAGUAAAACAUCCGAAUUAGUCCGGACAGGGGGUGUGUGUGUGUGUGUGUGUGUAUUGAUUGUUCAAGAGGGAGCCAACAUCAUUCCAGCGUCAUCUCCAUGGAAACGAGCUCUGGGCCGCGGUAAUGAUUGGGCCCCGUCUCAAAGCCUGCCUUUUUGUGAUAGGACGACGGAAGCAGUCCUCCCCACCCCCCUCCUCUCAGCGACACUCGCCGUCUUACACACACACACACACACACACACACACACAUUUUUCCCUCCGUCCUCUUUCUUCACCUAUACGCCGCUGUAACCAAGAAGGGAUUAAACAGCCCGUCGAGCCGUAUUGCAUCUGGAUGAAAUGCUUUUUGACACGGCGGCGUCAACGAGGAUGGACUCGCAGCUGGAGAGUCGACACGCCACCCACAUCUCAGCCUCCCUGAGAGAACGGGGACUGGAGUGGAGACCUGUUAGUUAGAUCCUUCUCUUCUUGUUUUUUUAAUCUCCUCCGUCGCACGUCUCUUCUUGUUUGCUAUCUCAGUCGGGGCCUCCAUGUGCUGUUCCAGCAUUAUGUAGGUUAAGUGGACUGGUGUGUCUUUUUCCUUUUUCUGGACAAAUACUUAUGACAACCCCCCCCCCCCCCCCCGUCAGACGACAGAGCGGUGCGGCUAUGGAGAAGCGAGCAGGACUCUGGAUCUCAAUGCCACACUGUGAUGAAUACUAACCAUGCGAUGCUGAAGAAUACUAGCAGGAGGAUGACACUCAUUGAAGCCGAGGCCGAAAAUAUGUAAGAUCCCUUUGGAGCUGACUGUCCUCAUUUUGGAAAACGUCACAGCGCCGAGAGGGAGGAGGUUCUUUACAACUCCUGAUUUAACUGUCACUGGUUUUGUCUUGGAUAUGGCACACGGACUCUUUCUCAAACCGAUUGUAGGCAAGGAACUUCCCCAGUGCCGUUUUUCUCAGCUUAAACUCCCCACUUUAUAGGGGUUUGCAAAUUGAAGUCUUGGUGUUGAGUUACUAUCAGGUAUGGCAAGAACAGUCCUUUGCUCGGUUCCAGACACUUCACCACAGCUGUUAAUAAAACCCUCCUGCUGGUGAACCGCUGGAGAUAGGGAGGACGGUGGCGUCUUUCAUCAUUGUGAAGUCGGACCUGCCACAGCUGAUUCCGCGUAGUUCUCCUCCAGCAGAUGAAAAGCCUGCCAUGGCUCGGUCUUGGCCGGGCUCCUCGUUCAGCCACACUGAUCCCACCUGCGCCGUUUGACUUUGACAGACAGUGAUGUAUGACCUGUGCACCCGGCCUGAGCAGCCAGAGUCUGCACCGGCACACGCAAAGAUGGAGGGCCGCGAGGUGGCCGAGGCUCUCGGGCGACAGCAGCAGGAGUCGAGGGGGUCGGAGGAGCGGGACGAUAAGCAACACGGGCUCCUGGACAAGGCAGUCCCAGCCACGGCUAAUAUCACUUCGGCGACACUGUUGGGGAAAAGGCACCACUCGCUUUACGCCAACCUCAAUGGUUUUGAAGCGGAAGACAUUCGCAUGAAUGGCACUGACUACGGUUUCCUGGUGCGUCAGAACUCUGAGCUCUUGCGAGCCCUCGACGAGCUGGAGAAGACUUGCACCACACUGAGGGAGGAGAACGGCCUGCUGCGGAAGAGCAGCGCCCCGGAGACCGAGGAGAAGGUCAGGCGGCUGAGGAGGAAGAACACGGAGCUGUCUGUUCUCGCUAAGAGGCUGGAGGAGAGAGCUCGGAAGCUGCAGGAGGCCAACCUCAGAGUGGUGAACUCCCCGUCGCUGCUGAGACCCGGGUCGGUGGAGCACUACAAGAGGGCGUUCGCCCGCCAGCGAGCUCGCGACCUCGCCCAGCACGCCGACCUGCUGCUGUCCAAGGACAAAGAGAUCGCCGCCCUGCAGCAAGAGUGCCGAGAGCUGGAGGCCCGGCAGGGCAUCGCGAAGGGCUCCCCUGUUCCAUCUGGCAGAGUGGAAUUUGAGAGGCUUCUCAGGGAGUCUCAGAGGGAGGUGCUGCGGCUCCAGAGGCAGCUGUCGGUCGCAUCGUCUGGACAACAGCACAGCCACAGUCCCGACCCCUGUGGCCCAGAGAAGUGUGGGCAAAUCAACGAGGAGGAGGAAGACGAGGAAGACAAGGUUGUAGGAGAGACCCCGUGUUUGGUGUUAGAUGAAGCUCCAUCCAGGUGUGAGAAGACUCCCGGAGAGGAGGAGGAGUCGGGGCUGCGUUUAACGCCCCAACCGGGCCUCAGCCCGUCCCCCUCCCGUCAGGAGGAACACACAGAGGAGCAGCACCUACAGUUUCUGGAAAGCGAGCUGAGCAAGAAGAGAAAAGAAUGUGAAAACCUUGAGCAUGAAGUAAAGAAGCGACAGAAGAGAUGUCUGAGUUUGGAGAGCCAGCUUGAGGAUGAGCAGGGCAAAAAUGAGCAACUAAAGGAGGAGGCAGAUCUCCUCAGGAGGAAGGCACAGCUGCUCGACCAGACUCGGGCUGAGAAUGAGGAGCUGAGGGAAGAUCUCUCUGAAGUGACCGCUCAACACAAUUCAGUUCUCGAGGAGAACCAGAGACUCCGUGCCAAACUGGAGAACUUAGAGCAGGUCCUACAGCAUAUGCGAGAGGUCGCCGAGCGAAGGCAGCAGCUGGAAUUGGAACAUGAGCAGGCACUGGCUAUCCUUAAGUUCAAACAGGAUGAAAUCAAACGGUUACAGCGGGCUCAGUUAUACGCCAAGCGGGAGCAUGAAGGAAUGGUUCAGGUGCUGGAGUCGAAGGUACGAGACCUGGAGGACAAGUGUCGCAGCCAGAGCGAACAGUUCGGCUUGCUGUCCCAGGAGUUGGAGAAGUUUCGACUACAGGCCUCCAAGGUGGACCUGGCCGGUGCCAGCCUCCUCAACAACCCCAGCCUCUCUGUUCUGACCAACGGGGUGGGCCUGACUGCAGAGCGAGACUGCACUGGUGGCUCAUGGGACAUGGUGUCUCAGGGUGAAAUAGCCUUCUGGAGUCUCGAGGGAGGUGACACUCUCUCCUGCCCUGAGGAUGUGGCCGCCGCACUGCGGCUGGGGGCCACCCCCCACGCUGCGGGGCUGUCCAGGGUGGAGCGCUCGCCCCUCACCAAGCAUCGAGAGCUGCCCACCAUCAGCGUCAGCAAGUCAGGCUCAUCCUCCAGCAAGUCCGAGACCACGCACCUCACCCCCAAGUCUGACACGCACCUCAGUCCGCACAAAUCGAGCCCAACACACGAGGUGGACACCGCCAGUGAAGUGGAGGAGCUGGACGUUGACGUAGCUCCUGCACCUUACACAGCCUGCAGAGGAGCAGCAAAGCUUCAGGUUUUCAUUGCACGAUACAGCUAUAAUCCAUACGAUGGCCCCAAUGACAACCCUGAGGUGGAGCUUCCACUCACGGCUGGAGAAUACAUCUACGUGUAUGGAGACAUGGACGACGACUGCUUCUAUGAAGGCGAGCUGAUGGAUGGACGGAGAGGGCUGGUCCCCUCUAACUUUGUGGAACGCGUGUCGGACGACGAUGUCAUGAGCAGUCACCAUCCAGAGACGGGGGACGUGUCCCAUAACUCCCUGCUAGACAGCAGCCUGCACAGUGCCAGCCACCAGCGUCACCUCCACGUGGGCGCCAGCGCCUCAGCAAGGACAGAGGCCUCCACCGCCUCUGGCCCUGCCUCAGCCCCCUCGGACUCAGCAUCGGCCUUGGCUGUCCCAGCCCCCCUCACCAACGGCCUGGACUUGGAUUUGGAGGAGGUGGGAGUGGACAUUGUGCCUUACCCACGUAAGCUCACCCUCAUCAAGCAGCUUGCCAAGAGCAUCAUCAUCGGAUGGGACCCUCCGUUGGUGCCAGCCGGGUGGGGCAACGUGUGGAGCUACAAUGUGUACGUGGACCAGGAGCUGCGGCUCAACGUGCCCUUCGGUGCCCAGACCAAAGCGGUGCUGGAGCGGUUGGACAUAAACCUCAAGGCCUACCGCGUGUCAGUGCAAAGCCUGACGGAGAAGGGCCCCUCGGACCAGCUGCGCUGCAGCAUGCUGGUCGGUCGGGACGUUUGUGUGGCGCCCACGCAGCUGCGCGCGGAGAGGAUCACCGCCACCUCUGCCAACCUGACCUGGCUGCCCAGCAACAGUAACUAUGUGCACAUUGUGUCCUUGAAUGAGGAGGAGUGCGAGCUGGUGAAGGCUGGCUGCAGCUCGCUGUGCCUCAAUAACCUCUUGCCCAGCCUGCAGUACGCGGUCAAAGUGGAGGCACGGCCGCACCGCACGCCGUGGGAGUUACCCGUGGAGCGACGCGAACACAGGAGCGCCUCCAUCACCUUCACCACACUGAUGGCAGGACCCCCUGAUGCUCCUCUGGAUGUACAGCUGGAGCACGGCCCCUCCCCGGGCAUUGCCCUCAUCAGCUGGCUGCCGGUCACUAUCGAUGCUGCUGGGACCUCCAACGGAGUCCGUGUCACUGGAUACACUAUAUAUGCUGACAAGAAAAAGGUGCUGGAGGUGUCUUCCCCAACAGCCGGCAGUGCCCUGCUGGGCCCCUCUCAGAUGCAGUCCCUGCUGGCCGCUCGGGAGCUCACUCUCCGCACCAUGUCCGCCCACGGGGAGUCCUGCGACUCUCUGCCAGUCAAUGUGCCCUCCAAGCUGGCCGCCAUCAUGGCAGGUCCAGCCACCGCCGCCCCAGUGGUGCAACCCCAGCCCCGCACCCCUACAGGCUGCAGCCACCUGCCCUUGCCGCCGUCCUACGGGAACUCCGCUGCCAAAGUCUCCGUGCUGCCCAGCGCUUUGCCAUCGGACACAAACAUCCAUGGCCUCACAGUGGAGGCUGCUGCCAACCCUCCUCGAGCCCUCCACCCAGAUGACCUUCUCUUAUCAGCUUCAUACGUGAAUGCCUGGGCCAACCCCUCCUCUGCUGCUGCCUUGGCUGUACGUGAGGCCACAUUACCAAUAGCCUCCACCGUUACUCUAGAGGUAAAAGUGACCUCUCCCCCCACCUCACCACCUCAACCAUCUCCAGUAGCAGCAACUGCACAAGUACCAGUAACGGCAGUAACAGCAGCCGUGUUGGAGCAGCACAGAGACACCAGCAGCCCCGGAAUGAUACGCCCUUUCCCAUCUAUGGUAGAGUUCCUCGAGGACCCCGGUGCCCAGCUCGGGAGCCCCGAGCGCAUCCCUUCCCCGCCCAAAGCCCCGAUCACAGGCUUCCUUAAUCCUCCGGACAUUAACCUUCACCGACCCCCCAGCAGCUCACCGCUGGAGUCCGAAGCAGAGGAGGAUCAAGAGAAUUCCCGCUUGGUGUCCAUGGAGGAGUUCUUGAGACAGGACCAAGAGCCAGCGUACUGUAGUACGCAGCAGAGUUACAGCAGAGGGCUUGUGGAGCCUCCCGGCGACUACCACACAGACAACAGCCGGUCAGAUCUGUCCGACAUCCUGGAGGAGGAGGAGGAGGACCUUUACUCUGACCACCUCGGAGACGCACAGGCCCGGGGCUACUUAUUCAGAGCCAACAGGUCGCGCAACUUGGAGCCUCCAGACAGUGAUGAGGAGGUACUAGAGAGGAUCCUCAAGUUGCCGGCUCAGGUCCAACACCACGAGCAGCUGUUCAGCAUUCCCGAGGUGACCGAACAGGAAGACAGCAUUAUAGAAGAGCCUUCAAACCAACGCAGUCAGCCUUGGCCCAGGCCCGGCCACCUCUGCCCUAGAGACUCGGAGCGCCUCCACCGCGCACCCCAGUAUCUCCCCAACCCACACCCACACUUCCCCCCUCACCAUCACCACUACAACAGGGAUCCCAGAUCCCUAACCACAGAGCCUUUACUCAGGCAGAUCAGGCCUAGGAAGCAGCACAGGGUGCACUACGCAGACACAGUUGACACCAUCAGUUAUCCUGAAGAACAAGACCCGAGUUUAUAUGAGGGUCUCGCCAGCAGGCGGGCCCGCUGUCCUCCCCAGCUGACCCCCACCACCAGCAAAGACAGAGCACUGCUCAAAGGGCUAGGGGACCGCCUUAGGAGGGAGGCCAUGCUCAGGAGUCAGAUGGCUGUCGCCGCGGCAGUCGACCCCGGCCAUGGUCCCAGCCCGCCAAGACCCUACCUGGUCAGCAAAUCGGCACAGGCUCAGAGGCCGCCCAUCGGUCCCAGUGAAGAGAUCGACGUGGAGUACGGCACCGAUGACGACGGCGGCCCGGGGGAGGUGGGAUCUGAGUGGUGGGUAGAGGGGGCUCAAACGGAGCACAGCAGACCUGCUCACCGCCGGGGGAUGCAGGCCGACCCGCUGGAGCCCGGCCAAAUCCCUCCAGCGGAGGCAGGUCCAUCGCAGGCCAGGCAACUCAAAGGUGGUGUUGAUUCACCAAAGAUCAAAAGAGACGGUGACAUACGCAUCUUUGUGGCCCUCUUCCCUUAUGAUCCGGCCACUAUGUCACCCAAUCCUGAUGCUGCCGAGGAGGAGCUGCCCUUCACUGAAGGACAGAUCAUCAAAGUUCACGGAGAUAAAGACGCAGACGGGUUCUACCGCGGCGAGUGCGGCGGUCACCUGGGCUACGUGCCGUGUAACAUGGUGUCUGAGAUCCAGGUGGAGGACGAGGAGACCCGGCAGCAGCUUCUGCGGCAGGGCUUCUUGUCCACAGCGGCCUCCAUGGAGAAGAUAGGCUCUCGCACACACGCACAGCUUCCGCGUCGCCCGGUUCCACCGCCGAAACCGAGACGAUCCAAGAAAGUGGAGUCUGCCGCACUCUGGGAGGAGAGCGUAGACUCCUCCAGCCAAGAUCCCAGCCAGACUGCCCCCGCUGCAGCAGCUGUGGGGAACCCGGCCCCAGGAGCUCGCAGGAUGGUCGCCAUCUUUGAUUACGAUCCACGAGAGAGCUCCCCCAACACUGACAUAGAGGCUGAGCUGACCUUCAGUGCCGGAGACAUCAUCCAUGUGUUUGGUGACAUGGACGAAGAUGGCUUCUUCUACGGGGACUUGAAUGGACACACCGGCUUGGUGCCCUCCAACUUCCUGCAGGCCGUCCCAGAAGACGCUCCAGCCAAACCUCAGUCUGCUCAGCCCGGACCAGAACCCCGGAGAGAAUCACAGCGUCUGGUUGCUGUGAUUUUCUGUUGCGUUUCUUUAAUUUCUGCCCUGUCGCAUUUCUUUUGCCCCACUAUUUCCUGCAUGGCCUUUUGCAGAAGCAGAAACGAAGUGUACACUUCGAGACUUGAUCUGUCCCCGAACGACUUCUGCGGAGCCACAAGAUCCUGGGCCCUCAACCCUAGAAGAGGCUUCUCCCCCCCAAACAGAAACUCCUUUCCCAGACCCAACAGAGCACACGGACCUGCCACCCAAACUGGCACCCACCGCGAGCCCCGCGUCAGACCCGGCCCCCGCUCCGGCCCCUGCUCCGGCCCCCGCUCCGGCCCCUGCUCCGGGUCUAGCAGCAGCGGAGGCCUGCUGCUCCCCUCUGGCCCCCCUUCCAGCAGACAGCCCGGCGCAGACGGACCGCUCUGCGCCGGGCAAGAAGAAGAAAGGCUUUUUCUCCAAAGGCAAGAAGCUGUUCAAAAAGCUGGGAUCCAGCAAGAAAGAUUGAGUCGGCAGAUCUGACUCAGAAUACCCGCGUCACAUUGAAAGCACUUUUUCUAUCGUCACAGUCGGUCUCGGCUGGUAGCCGGUGCGGUUCGGGGCCAUCGGAUCUAAUAACCGAUGCGUCAACCGUCAGUAAUUAUACAUUUGCCUUAGAGUACUGCUAGCAGCUGGUAAAUAUUCGAGUGCAUCGACGCCCUGCUUACAGCAUCACACUAGCAUGUCGAAGUGCAUGUUGAAGUGUGCAAACGCAAAUAUAUUCUCUAAAUACUACCUAACUAAGCAUUUGCUAAAUGUUCAACUCGGCAGGCUUUGAUGCUUGAUGUAACGCACUCGGUUGUCUCUUAACGGAUCGGUUAUAUUUAGAACAGCUGGAUACAGAACGGUGUGGAACAGCAGCUCAGACACAGCUAAUCAUACAUUAGCUCUAAUGUUCAUGUACUGGUGCCACUUUAUUUAUUUGAAGCAAACGAACAGCAGCAGUCUGUCUCUUCCUCCGUGUGACUAUGAAGAAUGCACUGUCCCUCCCGAUCGGAUGUAUUUUAAAUACCCGUCUGCUCGUCCCCCUCACCUGUGUUUCUCGUCUUUCAGUAUUUAUACAGUACUUUGUACAGAACGUGUUAUUUAUUUGGUGUCCGACUCUUGCCCUCACCAUCACCGCAUCGCAUGAAGUGACGUCGGGGCAGGAGGUUUAGUCAUUGUAGAGCGGUCAGAGACGGUGAGGCUGUAGUUUAGAUGUAACUAGUUGUGGGGUUUUGAGGUUAACAGUAGAGAUUGUUUAUUGAAGGUAAAGAUUGUGAAGGGUUGAACUUCUUUGAUGUGUGUGUGUGUGUGUGUGUGUGUGUGUGUGUGUGUGUGUCCACUGAUAAGACUGAAAACAAGAUGCCUUUGUCAGACAUUAACACAGUCACACUUGGCCUAAAUGUUGCAUGCUACAUAUUUCAGAGAGAGAGAGAGAGAGAGAGAGAGAGAGGCAAACAUGACGUAGUAUCUGGCGAUCAGUAGGCUUCUCUGUUAGCUAGCAGCGCUGCAUCUAAUGAUUGUCAUUAUCGAUUAAUGGUUUGACCUGUAAAACAUGCAGAAUGUCAUGGAGGGUCUUGUUUUGUCCCACCAACUGUUCAAAACCCAAAGAAAAUGAGUUUAUUAUAAUGUAAGACGAGGGAACAAAAGCAAAUUCUCACAUUUGAGAACCUAAAAUCCAUCAGAUAUUUGGUGUUUUUUCUGAAAUGAUUAUCGGUUAUCAAAAUAAUCCGUUUUCUCUCCAUCGACUAAUCCAGAGGUUUUCAAAGUCGGACACUGUGCCCCACCCCCCUUGGUCAAAAUCAAGACAACUGCGACCGUCUAAAAGCCCCGCCCUGCCCCCGAUUAGUGUGAUUUUAUUAUGAUUAUGUGUAGGUGGAUGGAUAGAGGAGACUGUCGGGGUUCCAAAAAUAUACGAUCCACAUUCUGAGCCUUAGAACCGUCAAAGAAGUAUUGAAAAAGUUCAUUCUCAUGGCUUGCUCUAACAUUUUGAACUACAUUUCCCAUGAUUCUAGGGGCUUCAGGGGAUGUAAACACUGGGUCAGCGACUUAGCUGUGGGCUGUGGACCGUUUGAAGACCUCCGGACUAAUUGAUUAAUCGAUUGCAGCGCGUGCUCAUUAAUACUCCAGAACCACAAUACUGAAAGUAUUCCUUGAUUUAUUUGAUAUGCAGAUUAGAGUGAAGCCGCGUCCUGACCACUGCUGACGUUAAUAACAUGCACUCUAUAAGCUCCUGGGAUUCAUUACGGUUUGACCGUAGCAUGUGGGAACAACACUCACUAGGAUUUAAUGUCGCUGCUGUGAUAAGUUCUAUCUUUUCUUUUGCCUCCAUGUUUGAGUUUAUAUGCGUGUGUGUGUGUGUGUGUGUGUGUGUGUGUGUGUGUGUGUAUGUGUGUGUGAGAACAUUGAGUCAGACAGGCUUAACAGCAUCUAGCACGGUGUUUGUGUCCACACAUUUGCAUCAUCAAAUUUGGUCGAAGUUUGGUUGAAGCUAAAUAAUACAACUUUAGCAAUAUCGCGCAAUACUGGAACAAAACAGGGAUGCGUCAUGGUGUGAGACAGCUUCACUGGCAUUAAGAUGUAGUACAAGUAUUGUGUGUGUGUGUGUGUGUGUGUGUGUGUGUGUGUGUGUGUGUGUGUGUGUGUGGACCAGGCCUUAUUGCUGAGCGUGUUGGUCCGUGACAACACGUCCAGGGGUUCUGAUUGGGUCUGCUGUCUGUUCGGUAACUUCUCAGGUUUUCACUUGUAGUUUCUCAUCGAUGCCGAGCCGCCCGUUGACUCUGGCUGUCAAAAACUGCAGAAAUAUGCCAAAAUCGUAGGUGCUUUGCCCGUUACCAUAGCGACGAGAGGCCGAGCAUCCGGCGGGGGGGGUUCAGUGGGCUAAUCCGGGUCAAAGCACGGAGCGUCGUUCUCUUUUGUAGGUCAGACCUGAUCUCACCCCUGUUGUUGGCGGAGGCACACCUAACGACACAUGAUUUGUUUCUUUGAUGUCAUGAAUGUUUUAAUUGUUUGUACAUGAAGACAUAAAGGGAGCCAAGAUGCCAAGAGCUAGAGGCAGGAGGGCGGAUCCACAAAGACACUUUAGAUGUGAGAUAGCCGGGACAGAGGCAAGACUGGGGCUGUGCUGUGUGUGUGUUUUCUUUUUUUUUAAAAGAGGGUCGGAUGCUCAAAAGUUGCCGAAAUGUACAGCGAAUAUUUGUACUGCUCUUGUAUUUGACGGCCUUCAUUGCACAAGUAUUCCUCUAGCUGCUUCUGUAGUGAGUUAGGACCUAGACCCCCGUAGGUAGCGUGCUAGUUGAUCAUAUUUAGCCUUACGAGCAGACCUUGUUUAGUCUCAUUAUGUUGUUUACAGGAUGUUCAUUGACUGCAUGCAUACCAAUGUCGUACCCAUGUUCAGCCUUAUUUAUGUUACGGUCAUAUUUAUGUGUUUCCAGGGCGGACUUGUCUACAACAUUUGAGUUGUAGAUUGUCGACGCAGUGGAACAGAAGCUGUGUGUAUAUAAUGAACAGUGUUGGGACUUGUGCUCUAUUUUCAUACAGCGCGGGAAACCUUUUCUUUUUCUUUUUCUUUUUGUUGUCUUCCCUGAACCUGCAUUCAUUGUUUCUAAGUGGAAGAUUUACCUUUUUAUAUAUUAAUGUUUUUAUUACCCUUUUGGAAGCUCAUGUGUAAAUAUUUUUGUUAAUAUUGUUUUUCAGAAUUAUUAUAAUUUUUUUUGUUUUGUUUGCAUGUCCAGACAUUGUGGAUGGAGGAAGAGUAAGUGAAGAUGUAGUACACGGAGGACUCGUUGACUUGAAACUGUGAUGGUUUUCUUUCGAUAUGGAUCUUUUUACAGGAAUAAAGUAUAUUUUCACAGAAAA